AUGCUUUAUUUCCCCUUCAGAAACAAUUUUUCAGUUUACGCUUUCUGUAAACUGAAUUUGUUGGAUUUUCCCAACUCUCCCAAUCUGGGUACACUUGAAAACAGUUUGUGGGCUCUGAUUCAACACGGAGCAUUGAUGUCAUUUAUCUGUGGGCUUCCUAUCCUUGAGUGUGUUUAUUGUCUGGCCUGUGCUCGUUGGGCUUGGAAAAAAUGUCUGUACACUGCAGGCUAUGAGAGUGAAAAUUGGGGGCUGGCUACUGCACAAGAAUUUGAGCCUGUGCCUCGGAUCUGUCGGCUAAUCUUAGCUGUCUACGAAGAUGAUAUUCGUAACCCUCAAUGGGCUCCCCAAGGAGGUUAUGGCAUUAAUCCUGAUUGGGUUAUCUUGCGGAAGGACUACGGCCAUAACCAAGGCUUUGUUACUCCAUACAUGAUAUACCUUGAUCAUGAUCAUGCUGAAAUCAUACUGGCUGUUAGUGGACUCAAUUUAGGGAAGGAAAGUGAUUAUGUUGUUUUGCUUGAUAACAAGUUGGGACAGGCAGAAUUUCAUGGUGGUUAUGUUCAUAAUGGGUUGUUGAAGGCAGCUGGAUGGGUUUUUGACGCAGAAUAUGAGGUUCUCAGGAAGCUAGUGGCAGAAAAUCCAACUUAUAUGUUAAUAUUUACCGGGCAUUCUCUAGGGGCUGGGGUGGUGGCAUUGUUAACAAUGCUUGCAAUUCAUAAUCGAGACAAAUUGGGUAUACCAAGAAGCAAGAUAAGAUGCUUUGCUAUAGCUUCUCCUCGGUGCAUGUCUCUCAACUUGGCUGUAAGAUAUGCAGAUGUGAUCAAUUCCGUUGUACUUCAGGAUGAUUUUUUACCCCGGACAACCGCCGCUCUAGAAGAUGUCUUCAAAUCACUUUUAUGUUGGCCCUGUUUAUUGUGUAUAAUGUGCUUAAAGGAUACCUGCACACUGGAGGAGAAGAAGCUUAGAGAUCCAAGGCGUCUGUAUGCACCUGGUCGGCUCUAUCACAUUGUGGAGAGAAAGCCCUUUAGGAUAGGAAGAUUUCCACCUGUUGUUAGGACAGCAGUACCUGUUGAUGGGAGGUUUGAGCAUUUAGUUCUUUCUUGCAACGCAACAUCUGAUCAUGCCAUCAUUUGGAUAGAGAGAGAAUCCCGACGGGCUCUCAGUUUAAUGCGAGAUAAAGAUGAGCAUAUGGAGAUUCCAGCAAAGCAGAGGAUGGAGAGGCAUGAAUCCAUAGCUCGAGAACACAGUGAAGAGUACCAUGCAGCCCUUCAGAGGGCAGUUGCUUUGGAUAUUCCACAAGCAUACUCCCCUUCAUCAUACGGAACAUUUCAUGAAAUUGAUGUUGGAGAGGAUUCUGGAAGAUCAAGUCAAGGUUCCUCCUUGUCUCAUAAGAAACGAACACAAAGUUGGAAUGAUUUUGUUGGACGUUUGUUUGAUGUGGAUGAUUCAGGUCAUAUGGUGUUCAAAAAGACACCUCCAUGA